UAAAACCUAUAUUUUGCAGCAUUGGUGACACUGGUAGGGUGACACCCCCUCACUCUCCUCCAUAUAAAAAGAGCACAUAUUUCAAAUGUUCUACAGAGUCAAAGAGCCACCGCAGCUGGAGAAGUCCGUCACCUGUCAGCUACCAUGGAUUCCAGGGUGUAUGUAUGUGCUCCAAAGCAAUACACGGAGAGGCUGUAUGAGAUGGGCGAUUGGGAUCAUGGGCUUUUCCUAAAGAGGAUGAACCCCUAUGUGACUAAAGAUGUUCUUGAGGCUUACUUUGAAAAGUGGGGGACGGUUCUAGACUGUGAGGUGAAAAUGGAGUGCACCACAGGCUUCCCCCGAGGCCUGGGCUACGUGGGUUUUGCCAGUGAGGAAGAGGCCGAUGCAGCUGAGGCAGCAGGGCCCCACAAGCUGGCCGGCAUGGAGGUGGACAUCAGGAGAGUGAUGUGCCCCAAGAAAACCGACGAUAUGACAUACGUGCCCCACAGAAAGACUGGCAUGGCAUAUCGGCUAGCAAGUAGCAGCUGGCUAGACACUGAUGAAUGAAGGCAAGGUCUGCAUCAAUGAUUCAAAGGACAAUUCCCACAGGUGUUUACAGAGGACAGAGGAUGAAAAGCUAAUAUUGGACCAAGAGAUGGGCAUGUCCUGCACAGAGCAGGAUGUCAGACAGUUAUAUUUUGAUAUGUUUAUUUCAUUUGGCCAUUGAUCAUUGAUAUUGCUUUUAAAUUACUGUUUAUCAUUGCCGAUUUCUUCAAUGUAGUCUUACCAACAUUUUAAAACUGUUUCAAUGACUGUUUUCAUUGAACUAUUGUAUUGUUUUUAUUAGUAAGUCGCUUUGGACUGUAACUAUAAAAACUAUUUGUGAGCGCAAUAAAUC